CAACAAAAUGCAACCGGCAGAACGGUCUACGUUGGAAACCUGCCCGCAGAGGCUUCAGUAGAUGAACUUUUGAGUCAAGUCAAGUUUGGUCCCAUCGAAAAUGUUCGCAUUCUACCCGAGAAAAAUUGCGCUUUCAUCUCUUUCCUUGAUGGGAACAUGGCAGCAGCCUUUCAUGCAGACGCUUCAGUGAAGAAAAUGUCACUACACAAUCAAGAGCUGAAGAUCGGAUGGGGAAAACCAUCUGCUUGCCCUACGCCGAUUUUGAUGGCCGUUCAACAAAAUCAAGCUACACGAAAUGUGUAUUUGGGACAAUUGGACGAAGAAACCACCGAGCAAAGUUUGCGAGAUGAUCUUUCCCGUUUCGGGCCAAUCGAUCAGGUAAAAAUUGUUCGAGACAAAAAUAUUGGGUUUGUACACUUUCUCAGUAUUGGAACAGCUAUCAAAGUUGUCUCCUCUUUACCCAGCGAAGCAGCUUGGUCAGGCAAGCGAGUCAAUUACGGUAAAGAUCGUUGUGCAUACGUACCCAAAAGUCAACAACAAAAUCAAGCACACAACAGUCAAGCAGCUGCAAUGGGUAUGGCCGCUGCUGCUUCAUUGGGCUAUCCAACAGGUUAUAAUCCUGCUGCCGCUGCUUUGAGUAGCGGAUACGGCAAUAUACCCUCACCUGGUGGAACUGGAGAUGAAAGUCGUUCUCCUGCAGCAGUUGCUUCUGUGUUUGGUCCGAUGGCAAAUACUGCCGCCUUACAACAAAUGGGAAACCGAACGGUUUAUUUGGGAAACAUCCACCCUGACACAAGCACUGAAGAGAUUUGCAAUCAUAUCCGUGGAGGUAUUUUACAGAAUAUUCGUUUCAUUCCCGAGAAACAUAUUGCGUUCAUCACAUUUAUCGAGAGUAAUGCUGCUUUGGCAUUUUAUCAUUUGGCAAGUUAUUCGGGUAUCAUGAUCCAUCAACGCAGGCUAAAGAUUGGUUGGGGAAAACAUUCAGGUCCUUUGAGUCCUGCAAUUGCAAUGGCCGUUCAAGCAGGUGGCAGCAGAAAUGUAUACAUUGGAAAUGUGGAAGACUUUGACUUGCACACAGUGGACAAAUUAAGAGCUGAUUUUGGAGAAUAUGGCGAAACAGAAUUGGUCAACACAUUCAGAGAAAAGAAUUGCGCUUUCGUUAACUUUUGCAAUAUUCAAAACGCAAUCAAAGCGAUUGAAGCGAUGAAAAAUCAUCCAGAUUACACAAACCAACGGGUGGGAGCAGGUAAAGAUCGUUGUGGAAAUCCGCCAAGGGCAGUGACAAAC